CCAUGACAGAAUCGUACAGGCGGGCUAAUAGCUAACAAGUUGACUGAAUGUCGGCGGUAUACAGACAGUAGAAAGCAUACCAGUUAUUGUGAAGUCUAUUAUCUACUGCCCCAACUUAAUAUAGGACCAACAUGACACCGCUGGCCUGAGGAGGACGCGAGCCAUCACCAGCCGAGGCAGUGAACAUCUAGUAAUAAACAUUAAAACAUCGUCAGCUAACAGUUAGCAUAACGUUACAGACAAACGUCUCCGGGAACUGCCUGAAGAUUUACAGGCUGAUGAGAGAGCCCCAACGAAGCAAAGAGGCUGUGUUGUGAAUGUAAUGGUGCUUUCUGCUGCCCGAGCUGCAUGAGAUAUGCAGUCGUCAGAGCAGCGCUGACGGGCCUGACUCUGGAUUAACACGACCAUGGAGUCCUCUGAGUCCCAGCAGGAGCCUGAGAAAACUUUGCACCAUGCAGAGUUGAGAGAACACCAUGCAACCUCCGCUGCCGUAGUGUGCAGUGAUGACACCGUCCUUCUGACCCCAGGCAGGAUGAGCCAGCGCCAGGUGAAGGAGCGGGACAAGGAGAGGGAGAGGGAGAAGGAGGCAGGCCUCCAAACGCCCAACAGGGAACACAUUGCCACUCCCUCCACCCUCAGCCCGGGGAUCAGCUACACCCAUGGUUUCGAGAGAGGGAAGGAGGACCUUUUGCCUCUGCCUUUGAAAGAGGACUCACAUUCCAUAUCUAAGAGCAAGUCUGAAACAAAACUGUACAAUGGCUCAGACAAGGAUGUGUCAGCGUCUGGAGGAAAGCUCACCAAAAAGGAGUCCCUCAAGGUGCAAAAGAAAAACUACAGGGAAGAAAAGAAGAGGGCAACCAAGGAGCUUCUCAGCACCAUCACUGAUCCCUCUGUCAUCGUCAUGGCCGACUGGCUAAAGAUCCGUGGCACUCUGAAGAGCUGGACCAAGCUGUGGUGUGUGCUGAAACCAGGCGUCCUGCUCAUCUAUAAAACCCACAAAAACGGCCAGUGGGUGGGAACGGUGCUGCUCAACGCCUGCGAGCUCAUCGAAAGGCCCUCUAAGAAGGACGGCUUCUGCUUCAAGCUCUUCCACCCGCUGGAGCAGUCUAUCUGGGCCGUCAAGGGUCCUAAAGGAGAAGCAGUUGGCUCCAUCACUCAGCCAUUACCCAGCAGCCACCUCAUCUUCCGUGCUGCCUCUGAGUCUGAUGGUCGAUGCUGGAUGGACGCCUUAGAGCUGGCCCUGAAGUGCUCCAGCCUGCUGAAGAGGACCAUGAUCCGUGAGGGGAAGGAGGACAUGAGCACCGUAGCCACCGGCGGAGAACACUCCAUUAAUUUCUACAGCCUCCUCCGAGCCCACAACAUCCACGGUUUCCAGUUUAAUGACAGUGACCACUUGAAAGACCCAGACCUGUACUCAGACAAGUCAGACAGGGAGGGUGAACAGGACCACGAGGAGUCAGACCCAGAAGGCCUGGAGAAGAGUGAGGAGAGCGACAGUGACACGUCAGAGCGUCAAGACGACUCGUACAUUGACCUGGACCCUAAUGAACAUCUGCGGGAAACCCCGUACCUGGAACAGUCCCACGAAGAACUUGGAGAGGCUGGCGAGGCUGCCCAGACAGAGACAGUAUCAGAGGAGAAUAAGUCUCUGAUCUGGACUCUGCUGAAGCAGGUGCGACCUGGCAUGGAUUUGUCCAAGGUGGUGCUACCCACUUUCAUCCUGGAACCACGGUCCUUUCUGGACAAACUCUCUGACUACUACUACCACGCAGACUUCCUGUCAGAGGCUGCAAUCGAAGAGAACGCUUACAACCGAAUGAAGAAGGUGGUGAAGUGGUACAUCUCUGGAUUUUACAAAAAGCCAAAGGGGUUGAAGAAGCCUUAUAACCCCAUUAUUGGAGAGACGUACCGCUGCAUGUGGCUCCACCAGAAGACCAACAGCAAGACCUUCUACAUCGCAGAACAGGUAUCCCAUCAUCCUCCAGUGUCAGCCUUCUAUGUCAGCAACAGGAAGGACGGAUUCUGCCUCAGUGGCAGCAUCCUCGCGAAGUCCAAGUUCUACGGAAACUCCCUGUCAGCCAUAUUGGACGGGGAGGCUCGGCUCACUUUUCUCAACCGGGGAGAGGACUAUGUGAUGAACAUGCCCUACGCUCACUGUAAAGGCAUCCUGUAUGGGACCAUGACCCUGGAGCUGGGUGGUCAGAUCACCAUUGCAUGUGAGAAAACAGGCUACAGCGCUCAGCUUGAGUUUAAACUGAAGCCAUUCCUGGGCAGCAGUGACAGUGUCAAUCAGGUCUCUGGAAAGAUCAAGCUGGGAAAGGAGGUGUUAGCUACGCUAGAAGGUCACUGGGACAGCGAGAUCUUCAUCAACGACAAGAAGACGGGGACGGUGGACACUUUCUGGAACCCGACGCCAGACCUGAGGCAGAGUCGACUGACCCGCUGCACCGUCCCUCCAGAGGAGCAGGGAGACUUUGAAUCGGAAAGACUGUGGCAGCACGUGACCCGGGCCAUCAACAACAAGGACCAGACCGAGGCCACCAAUGAGAAGUUCAUCCUGGAGGAAGUUCAGAGGAAGUCUGCGCGCGAACGAAAAGCCAAAUGUGAGGAGUGGAUCCCCGCGCUGUUCGAGCAGGACCCCGUCACCGGAGAGUGGCAUUACAGAUAUGCCGACACAAGGCCAUGGGAUCCGCUCAAUGACCUGAUCCAGUUUGAGAAAGACGGCUGUAUCCAGACCAAGGUCCGACACCGCACCCCUAUGGUACGUUCUGGCAGUCUUAUUAGUCUGAGUAACCAGGGGCCACGGAGGGACAAUUGCAAGUGCCAGGUAACGGUGCCAAAAAGAAAACACAAGAGCGACAAGCCCAAGAGCCCAGAGAGCGGCUGCUCUUCACCCGAACCCGACCGCCAAGACUCGUCUGGCAGUGAACGACACAAAAGCAAGCAUAACAGUCGGAUGAGGAAAAAAGCAGCUGACCUCAGUGAACUUCAAAGUGCCAUUGAAUCUAUAAAGAAGACGCAGGAGGACAUUAAUAGGAACAUCAGUGUGCUGCGGAGUCGUGCAGCAGGCCGGCCAGAGGGUGGCUCUUUCCUCCAACAGCGCGACUACGUCAUCAUUGUUUUCCUCAUCCUCCUUCAGGUCCUAAUCAAUUAUGUCUUCAAGUAGCAGCCAUACGCCACAGAGAGACUGUUCCCCUUACACACACACUCACACACACACACACACACACACACACACACACACUCACACUCUCUGAACAUUAGGCGUCACAUUGGGGGAGACGCGAACUUUGACCUCUCACAAAAAGUGACUACAACCAGUGUCCUCCAAUUCUCUUCAUCCCUGUCUUUAUUAAAUCCACCUACACAUGUCCAGAAAAGUGGAGACUGCCACACAAAGAGAGACUUUUUUUAAAUGUUUAUUUUUAACCAGUCCAUUCCAAAACUCUGGGGAGAUCCACAAAUUUCAAAGCGGAGAGGGGCGCAGAUAAGUCAAAGUUGUUGGGGUUGAGAUUUUGGUGUGAUGAAGUCUCGACUGCCACUCUGGAGCAUCUUGAUUUGCCUUAAUGUAGGAGGCAAAGACAGCAGCCAUUUUUAGCUGUUGUUUGUUUUGUUUUGUUUUUUUCUGGAGUGAAACUACUCUGUUGGUCCACAUUUCACCUCAAAAAGACAGAGAACUGUUAAACAUGGAGACAAGUACCACGACUCAGAUGGUAACACAGAUAAAAAGAUACCUUUAAUUUUAAUGUUUUCUUUUAAUUGUUUUGUUUCUUCGCUUGUUCUGUCCUAUGUGAAUAGAGGUCUGCUUGGAACAAAAAGCGACAAUAAGGGAGAGAAAAACAAAGUGGUCCUAUUUAUGUGACUUUUUAUUUUUUUAUUAUGCGAUACUUUCGUAUCGGCUGGGGUUUCCACACGAGGAGAUGGAUGAGGAAGACAAAUUAAACAAGUGAUUAGUCAAAAAGAACAGAAGCUAUAAUUUCUGCUGUAAAUUAAAACUUUACCUUUUGCAUACAAAGUCAGUGUUUGAGGAAAAAAAUCAGCUAUUCAACACGUCAUUGUAUACUGUAGGUAGCAUGUACAUACAGAGGAGCGUGGUUAGGAUAUUAGCCCUAUGUACAGUAUUUUGUCUGAAGGCACAAAUGCACUGGAAACGUCAGAUGUUCAUGUUAAUACAGCCAUUAUUUUUAUCAUUUCCACUUUUGGAGUUUUGGAGCAUCAACAGAGGGUCAAAAAUAUGUGAUUUCUCAUGGGUUCAGUGAUCACUGCCGUACUUUCAGGUAAAGGUAGUUGGUAUGAGUUCAAAGACAGCAAAAAUAAGUGAUGGAGUCUAAAAAUGUCCUUCUUAGACCCAAUAGCACGUUAAAGGUAAUGCCUUUAUUUGCUUUUUUGCCAAGAGUUAGAUGGAAAGAUAAAUAACACUCAUAUGUGCGUUUACUACAGCCAGGAGCUGCUUAGCUUAGCAUAAAGACUGGAAAUCGAGGAAAACAGCUAGCCUGGCUCUACCCAAAGGUAACAAAAUCCAUCUACCAGCCCCUCUAAAGCUCACAAGUUAACACAUCUAAUUAGUAUAAUCUGUAUUAAAAAAGUAAAAGUAAAUUUGGAUUUUGUUACCUUUGGACAGAGCCAGGCUAGCUAUUUAGAGUCUUAAUGCUAAGCUAAGCUAAAUGGCUGACAUCUUUAGCUUCAUAUUUAUUGUACAGACAGAGUGGUGUGAAUGUUCUCGUCUAAUUUAUGGCAGGACAAUGAAUAAUUUUCCCAAAUAAACUCUUACUAUUCCUUUAAAAGAAGUGAUUUAAAAUAAUUUUAAGUUGUAUUUCAUGUCCUGGAAUCAUAUAGACAAAAGAUAAAAGUUAUACAGAGUAGCUUGUCUAAAGAAUGGUCUCAAAAAUAUAUAAACUGACUCCAGACCAAGCCAUGGAAGAGAAAACCUUUAACACUCCAUCAAGUCAACUUCAGAGCAUCAGUCAUUGCUUCCAGCGCUUUUGCUCCUCAGAUGUUAACCAGGAAAACUAGAAUAGACACUUUAGUAAGCGACUAGUGGGAGGAGGAGAUAGACUUUUUCUAAUUACUACUGUCACCAUAGUAAACCAUUCCAAAUGUACGCAAGUACCAGCCAAACUCAGUGUGUAGAUUAGGGUUCGGCCUUGUUCACUGUGUAAAUAUCCUACGGGACGACUCGUUCCCUGCGUGUAGCGCGUGGCAUUUCAACACAAAGGUUCGCAAUACAGACACUCCCGCGCGCUGUGCACAAGCCAGUCUUUUCAGCCUCGUGUGUCUUUCUGUCCACUGCUCUGUAGAUACACAUGGACAUGGGCAAAAAAACGAAUCAGAUCAGCGGGGUCCGCGGUUAGAUUCCCAGCGAACUUUUAUCCAAAAGGCCUCAAGACGUUGCUGUGAUACAGCUGUAGUUGCAGAAUUUGUUGGUAGUAUACAUUGUGGUUCCAAUCUAUUGCCUUUCUCUUUGGAAACAGGGAUUGUGAAAUGUUAAAAGUCACCUUAAACAGGAUGCUAGAUAAAAUAAAUGCUGAACAUAAUACCCUGAAAGUGUACAGGGUUAUGAGGACUAUGACUUAUGAGGACUGACUGAGUUAAGGGCUGUGUUUAGUGUUUUUUUACACAUAAAAACAAACUGGAAAUCUAGUUUCUAUGCUGAAAAGUUAGUUUGGAAACUCUAUUUGUUUUCAAGUAUCAACCAAGGAUGAAGGCAGCAUAUUAGAACCCAUACCUGACCUUUUUAGUACACCAUCUGUCAGGAUUUUCUCCUAAGAUGCAAGUAACUACUGACUGAGGCAGUUCAAAAAAGAUCCAAACCACUCGUCUGAACAUUGAUUUUGUAUAUCUCUUCGCCUGUCAUGAUGUUAGCCUUGUCGACGUUUACAUAUCCGAUUGCCUCCGCCGUCAGCAGACUGUUCAGCGAUGAAAACUUUGUAACGCUAACACACGUUUAAAAGAAAGACUGGUUGCAUCGUCGGGAGACAGCUGAACCCCCCCCCCCGUAAGUUACCCGGCUGGCCCGUGUGUAUCUGUACGUGUAUUUUUGUGUAUCCUCAUUGCCUCAAUCGCUCAUCUUAAAUAGAGAAACCUGAUGUUAGAAUGUGGAGAAAUAAGUAUAUACCAGUGCCUUCUAGAGUUGGACUGGGGAGGGGGGUAGAUAGGGGUUAGCGGAGGUGAUAUGAGGUCGGCAGGGAUGUUGGGGGGGUGUGGUGUGGAGCAUACAAGCAUAGCCAGAGUCUAAGUCUAAACUAAUAAGGGAAUGAUGUAAUUGGUGGGAGGACACAGAGCUGGACUGGGACCCUGGCGAUGGCUUCUAGUCACUGUAGUGUUUUAGCGUGGACGUGCCAUACGAAGCCUUAGAAACUAGUCUGACUCCGGCUCCACAGCUCACCACCCCACCCAGCCCCCCCGCCUCCCCUCCUGAAGCGUCGCCGUUGUAACUCACCCGUAGUUUUCCAGAUGCUGAUUCCUGCCACAGGAGAGGGAGGGAGGGAGAGAGACCACUCCUCUCCAUUGUCGUCCUUGUCCCUCUCUCGCUCUCUCACGCACACCAAAUUCAGAGGGAAAUAAACAUCUCUGCUGUCUGUUGUUGUUGCUGUGUCUGUAAGAUAAACCAUUUUAUUUAUUCCUAUUUUGUACGUAGUUUUAUGUUUCCUCUGCUUGUAGCAUUAGAUCACUGUUCUCGUUUCUUGUUAAACGUUUGUUUUUCAAUGCUGAUUUUAAAGUUGGUUUUAUUCCACUCCUCGUUACUUGGCGUCACACACAAGCGACUGUCCUCAACUUGUGCACACUGUCAAUGUCAACCCACACACAGCCCUGCCCUUUUACCCGAAUAUAUUUACUGUAUCUCCAUGGCAACUAUAACUUCCUAGAAGUUUAUGGUCGCAUGUAACACAGAAUAAAAAAACAAAUGACACCG